UAUGUUCUUGAUUCUUAUCCCAUCAAAGAAUUAAGAGGCUAAGGUACACGAAGAAUCAUAAGCUCAUAAUCGUUUACGCUUCCGAUCAUGUCUCCAGGGAGUUGAUCACGCGGGUACGCCGUGACUCCCAAAUAAAAAAAAAAACAGAGCUUCCUCUGCUUCUCCAAUGGCGGAUCAGAACUCACGCCUCUUCUUUCUCUCCGACUUACUCAUCAAAACCCUAAUUCUUCUCCUCCCACUAAUCCCCUGCCACGCCCAGACGCUCUUCGUUUUCGGAGAUGGCCUCUACGACGCCGGAAACAAGCAGUUCCUCGCCGGAGGCCCAGUUCCGGCGAACUCUCCGCCGUACGGAAUGUCCAUCGGAGAAUCUACGGGACGGUGGUCCGACGGCCUCAUCGUACCCGAUUUCAUCGCAACUUUCAUGGGGAUUCCACUAGUUCCUCCGAUUCUUGAAAAGACGGCGAAUUUCUCUCACGGAGCUAACUUCGCCAUUGCUGACGCCACCGUUCUUGGAUCUCCUCCAGAGACGAUGACUCUUUCUCAGCAAGUGAUGAACUUUUCGGGGAACAAGGAGAAAUGGAGCGAUGAAAACCGGUCCAAGGCCAUCUACUUGUUCUACAUCGGCGGAGAUGAUUACUUAGGGUUCGUAAAGGAAAACCCUAAUCCCUCCGAGGCGGAGAGAGAAGCUUUCGUGAACCGAGUCAUGACCGCCAUUGAUGCAGCUUUGAAAGCGAUAUAUGGAGCGGGAGGGAGAAAGUUCUCGUUCCAGAACUUGGCACCUUUAGGUUGCUUACCGAUCGUGAAACAAGAGAACGGACACGAGAAAGAAUGCGUGAAGCUGCCGUCAGAAAUGGCGGCGCUGCAUAACAAGAAGCUGCUUCAACUGUUGGAGAAACUGGCUCGAGAUCUCAAGAGCUUCCAGUUCUGUUUUUUCGAUUUCUUUGGUUCAAUCCAUCGUCGGGUUCGAGUCCCAAAAACCUACACAUUUGGAACAGGAAAUGACGCGUGUUGCGGUAGUGGAUCUCACAACGCGAGCGCUUGCUCGAGAAAAAACGUAUGCACCGAUCCAAACGAGUACGUGUUCUUCGACGGCAAGCACUUGACGCAAGCGUCUAACUCGCAGAUAGGGCAUCUGAUAUGGGCAGCAGACGCUGACGUCAUAAGACCGAACAACCUGCGAGAGCUUCUUGUUCUUCCUCUGGACAUUCCCGCCAUCUUCGGUAUCAUAUCAGACGCUAAGGUUAAGGCUCCUAUAGACAAACGCAGCAACAUCCAUAACGUCUAUGAGAUAAGGUCGCUCGAAUGGGGAAUAGAGAAUCACUGGUCGUACCAAGUUGAAGGAGCUACUUCCUUUUACACGAAAUGAUAUAUAUAUGGAGAUAUAUGUAUAUGUAUGAAGAACGAGCCAUACCCUAUGGAGUGUUUUAUGCAAUUUGAGCCGUUCAGAAGCUUAUAACGUUAAAACUCUCUUUAUUCAUGAUGA